GGAGGCCGAGUUAGAUUAUGUAACUGUAAGUUAGAAAGGAUUAUGGUUGUGACAAUAGAUAUUCAACAUGUAUAUAAAUAUCCUCUGGAGCUUGUUGCACACACGCAUUUCACUAAAUAUCCCACAGAGAAAGAAAAAUUUGUCAAAAGAAUAGAUGUCAUUGAAGAGAAAACAGAUUCUGAUGGCAUUAACUACAGAAAAAGUAUUGCAAUCUGUGAAAAUGUUAUACCAAAAAUACUUCGCAAGAUAGGAGUUUUAAAUGAGAAGGCUAUACUUCUAGAGGAGGAAUCAUGGUUCAAUGUCAGAAGAAAACAGUUACAUUUGAAGAGCCGUAAUCUGACUUGGUGUAAAUAUGCAAACCUUUGGGAGAAAUCUGUAUUUAGGAGUCAUGACGAAAAUCCAGCAUGGACAAUAUUUGAGCAACAUGGAAGUAUAGAUGUUCAUGGAAUAGGGCCUUUCGGAAGAGUAAUAGAAAUGUUUGCUGAAAGUUUUCUUCACUCAGGGGUUAAAAGGAGUAUAUCCAUCAUGGAAGAUUCUUUAGAUGAGAGAUAUAAGGACUUCCUUAUACAACAGAGUUGACAAGUUUAGGACUAUAUAUGAAAUAAGUUAGCAAUAAAAACUUUGCCAUUUGCUGCCAUGUACAAUAGUUAUUUAAUUUUAUAUGUAAACAUGUUCAAAAGUGAUUUUACUUUAUCUCUUCAAGGGAAACAGCAAAGUCCUUGUCUUAUUUAUAUUUGAAAGGGAUAUAUCCGAAAGAUUUCAAUGUUUGUUUACAUGCACCAGUCAUUGACAGCCUCGUCCUAUCUAUCUCAUCUACAGGGACUUUGACUAAGACCAGCGGAUCCUUAACCAAAUUAUGACUCCCUGUGCCAAGUGGUACAGUGCUUGUCAAAUUGCUUUCCCUGCUUAAGUUGUCAAAUUGCCUUCUUGCUUAGUUUUCAUAUUGCCUUCUCUAAUUAGCUCUUGCCAGUGCAUUAUACCUCACCUUUAUUUGGCAGUAAAACAAAACCUUCCUGUUCGCCCAGUGGUACUUCAUUUAGUUAAAAAAUAUGUACAUUGGUAUAUUUAGCUUAAUUGUGAUAAAUGUUGGAAGCUGAUUUGUACUACUUUUAAGUUUGCUUCCUGUAACUAACCAGUACUGGUGUAAUAUUUGGAAAUGUGGUCAUGACCCAUAUACGUCUCGAACCCAAGAUCAAUUUGCUUGAAUAGUGUGGAAAUACAACGGCUGAUUUAUCCUGUACUCAUCUGGUUUAAGAUUGGCGUGAUGACAGAGCCUUCAUAUCACAAACUUCAUCCCAUUUAGCAUACCCCUAUCCCCACCCCUUAAAAGUUUUUUUUUAAAUCUCCUACAAAAACUUAUUUUUGAACUGCCCUCAACAAUAUCCUAAUGUUUUGGUUUGGUUUUUUUUUUUUUUUUUCAAAAUAAAUUAUAUGUAUUAGAUCUAUUUUACCUUCCCCCUUUUUUCAAAAAUGAGGUGAAAAUUCCCAACCUGAGUGCCUCGAGCUCAGUUCCCUGUACAUGUAGAUAGAAUUAAUAGGGCCCUAAAUGUAUAGGGUUCCCAAAUGACUGGUGCAGUGAUUCCAAUGAUAUUAUAAUGAUAGUUUGUAGAACGCUGAUAUAUGUACAAGUUUAUUUUGCCUUACUUUCCAGGUAAAAUAUUUUGAAUAUAUAAUAUAUACGUGUUUGUUUACUGACUUUACAGUAUUCUUGAUGGAUAAUUGUUUUAACUGUUGAUGGAAUGUUUGAGUAAAUGAUAAUAAAGAUAAUAAAACUGAAUGAAAAACUUA